UUCGAUCCAACAACUCGUAUUCUUGGGCUCAUUAAACAAGUACAGCCCAAUCAGUUGUGAAUCAGCUAAACUGCUUUCUCUCUCUCUCUCUCUCUCUCUCUCUCUCUCUCUCUCCCCCCGCGCUUCUUCGCAAAGCCUCAUCUUCCUUUCCAAAGCAGCUGCUCCCAAUCUGCUAAACCCCACGGGAAAAGCUUCCCUGCUUCUCCGCUCGCCGAGAAAUGGUAGUAGUAGCGUCUCUCCGGCUGCCGUCACUCACCUCCCUCUUCUUCGCCUCUUCUCGGUCAACCCAUCGGGCUCCGGUUGCUCUAUUCCGCAGGCGCCACAGCUGCCGGCGGCAGCCUUUCCUCGCUGCGGCGAAGUUUUCGGCCCAGAGUGCCGCGUCCAGUCCGCCGGAGACCACCGAGGAGCUAGCUGUAAACCAGAAGAAGAGUAGUAAGAACAACCAGGACCGAGUCAUCACCCCUCGUUCGCAGGACUUCAAUGCUUGGUACCUUGAUGUGAUUGCUAAUGCUGAGCUCGCUGAUUAUGGCCCCGUUCGUGGAACUAUGGUCAUUCGCCCUUAUGGUUACGCCAUCUGGGAGGCAAUUCAGGACUAUUUGAAUGUCAAAUUCAAGGAGACCGGGCAUAGCAACAUGUACUUCCCACAGUUUAUACCGUAUUCCUUUAUUGAGAAAGAAGCUAGUCAUGUUGAGGGAUUCAGUCCUGAACUGGCUGUUGUAACUAUUGGUGGAGGAAAGGAACUCGAAGAAAAGCUUGUGGUUCGACCCACCAGCGAAACCAUAGUGAAUCACAUGUUCACUCAGUGGAUUCAUAGUUAUCGUGAUCUGCCUCUAUUGAUCAAUCAGUGGGCAAAUGUCACUAGAUGGGAAAUGCGCACGAAGCCAUUUGUGAGGACUCUCGAGUUUCUGUGGCAGGAGGGUCAUACUGCUCAUGCAACUCCAGAGGAGGCAGAAGAAGAGGCUAUGAAAAUGAUUGAUGUCUAUACAAAGUUUGCUUAUGAGGAGGCUGCAAUACCAGUGGUAGUAGGUAGGAAGUCCAGAGAAGAAACAUUUGCCGGAGCUGUUCGAACAUAUACAAUAGAGGCUAUGAUGGGCGAUAGAAAGGCCUUACAGGCUGGAACCAGCCAUAACCUCGGCCAGAACUUUUCUCGGGCUUUUGAUACGCAGUUUAUGGAUGAGAAUGGCCAGAGGCAACAUAUAUGGCAAACAUCAUGGGCUGUCAGUACAAGAUUUGUUGGUGGAAUUAUCAUGACACAUGGAGAUGAUGCUGGCCUAAUGCUUCCUCCCAAACUUGCACCAGUUCAGGUUGUGAUUGUGCCCAUAUGGAAAAAGGACGAUGAAAAGGCUGGGGUUCUGAAUGCUGCGUCCUCUGUAAAAGAAGUUCUGCACUCUGCUGGUGUGAAAGUCAAACUUGACGACUCAGACAUGAGAACCCCUGGAUGGAAGUUCAAUUUCUGGGAGAUGAAGGGGGUCCCUAUUAGGAUUGAGAUUGGUCCUCGAGAUGUUGCAAGCGGAAGUGUUGUGAUAUCAAGGAGAGAUGUUCCUGGAAAGCAAGGAAAAGUUUUUGGAAUAUCAAUGGAGCCUUCAACUUUAGUAGGUUACGUAAAAGACAAGCUGGAUGAGAUCCAAGCAUCCCUGUUGGCUAAAGCCACAUCAUUUCGAGAUAGUAACAUUGUCGACGUGAGCUCGUAUGAUGAACUCAAAGAAGCAAUAUCGCAGGGCAAAUGGGCAAGGGGUCCUUGGUCCGCAAGCGAUGAAGACGAAGCAAGAGUGAAAGAAGAAACCGGAGCAACCAUCCGUUGCUUCCCGUUCGAACAGCCCGCUGGAACCAAGACUUGCUUGAUGACAGGACAACCAGCUGGAGAAAUCGCCAUUUUCGCCAAGUCCUACUAGCUACAAUACUCUGUCCUAUUGCUGAAAGGGUAACACCUUUCCAGUUCCCAGACCACAUCUACUCAUUACCCAAAUUGGCCAAAGGAAAAUAAGUUUAAAGCGAUUCGGAGUUUGAUACAUGGGACGUGAACAUGUCUCUUGUUGCCUGUAACUAUUUACUUUGUACAAAAUGGUCACAAUUUUUUAAUUUUGCAUGUUUCAGUCAAACAAGUUUGAGUGAAUAACAAAGAGGUCAAUCAAUCCACUUCCAUCCGAAAUUCCUUUACUUUUGCCCAAUCAGCAUGACAUGUCAUAAAAAAUAUUAAUUAAAGAUAAUUUAAUUG